CGGAGGGCUCUCCUUGUCAGUUCAGUUCUGUGCUUCUGUGUGUUGUGUUGUGCACGGUUGGGCCGGAGCUUCGCGACGUGCGCAAAGUACUUGUGAAAGUGCAGUGUAUCCGCAAAUCGCGAAAGUGUUUUUGCAAAAUAUUGCAAAAUGGCGGAGGAAGCGGUACAAAAUGGCAACAACCACACGGAUAUCCCAGAAAUCGAACUUAUAAUUAAGGCUUCCACUAUCGAUGGUCGGCGGAAGGGGGCAUGCCUGUUUUGCCAGGAAUAUUUCAUGGACCUAUAUCUUCUGGCUGAGCUCAAGACUGUAUGUCUGAAAGUUACCACUGUUGAUAUGCAAAAACCACCUCCGGAUUUCAGGACAAAUUUUGAGGCAACCCCUCCUCCAAUCCUUAUCGACAAUGGUCUUGCAGUUCUUGAAAAUGAAAAAAUUGAACGACAUAUCAUGAAAAAUGUGCCAGGGGGACACAAUCUCUUUGUCCAAGACAAGGAGGUUGCCACCUUAAUCGAGAAUCUAUACAGUAAACUGAAAUUAAUGUUGUUGAAGAAGGAUGAAGUAUCUACUAACAAUCUGAUGUCUCAUUUGCGCAAGAUUAAUGCACAUUUGCAGCGCAAUAACCAGCGUUUCUUGACUGGAGACACUAUGUGUUGUUUUGACUGCGAAUUGAUGCCCCGACUGCAGCAUAUCCGAGUGGCUGGAAAAUACUUUUUGGAUUUUGACAUCCCUGUUGAACUUGCAGCUCUUUGGCGCUACAUGUAUCAUAUGUACCAGCUGGAUGCAUUCACACAAAGCUGCCCUGCAGACCAGGAUAUUAUUAAUCACUACAAGCUCCAGCAGGUGGGGGGUAUGAAGAUGAAGAAGCAUGAGGAACUUGAAACGCCAACUUUCACUACCUCUAUUCCAGUGGGAGUGUCAAUUGAUGACACAGUUAAUUGAACUGUAUGAAUAGUAGGUAGAUAUGUCUUUAACUUUCAUAGCCCCACACUCCAUCAGACUUCUAUUUAUUCUCUCUACUGAAUGGGGUAUUGUGUAAAAACAAUUGUUAUACAUUUCUUGUGAACUAGUAUCAUAGUCAAGGUUAUAAUGGUGGAAUAGUUGCAUGAAUUCAUGACCGAAUUGAUUCAAGUAUUUGUUUCACAUUUAUUUAUUAUUUUGUAUUGAAAUUUAUUUCAAGAUCAAGAUUCUGUGAUCACAAUCACACUCAAAAUUGAUGUAAACUAAUGAAAUGGUGGGACCAACAAUUAGAUCUUAUGAUUUGCACCCUAUUGAAGUCGACAUGGGUGUGAAAAUUGAUGACAUUUCCAUCAUAAUACCUUACCAACCUGGAAAGUUAUUUUAUUUUUAUUAUUUUUCUGUUUUUUGUUUGAUGGGGUUGUGGGGCUUCCCGCUCAUAGCCUCCUUCUGCAGUUCGUGAAAUACUUAGUUAUAAUUUGUAUCCGUCAGAUCAAUUUCUGUUGUUGCUAAAAAAAGGUUACAUUCUUCUGCAGAAGAUGGUUCAUGGCAUUUAAUCUUGUGAUAGUUAUCCAAGCCACACCCGGUUUUUUGUAUUCAGUAUUGAACUUGAGACUGGUGCAUUCCAUCCAUUUAGGUGUAUGUCUUUUUCAAAAUUUAUUCUUGCAUUUUACCAGUUUCUUGAUCAACAUUUUGUUUAAUUCACAUCAGCAUAGCGAUUUUAUUGUUAGGCAUGAUUUCUAGUAGUACAGUAUUAUCUUAAAAUUUGUACAAAAGGUCAUGCUGGCAUUGAAGUGUUGUAUUAGAUUCUUAAAUUUCUAUGACCAUUCUGGCUGGAAUUUUUACAACCAAGAAUUUCAUUUCUAUGUAUUUGAAGAUUUGUUACCAUUCAGACUGAUGAUUUCUGUAGAUGUCUAGGCACGAUGAUAAGAUUUUCUUUCCAAUUGAACUUAGGCCUGUAGGAGACAAAUGUGCUGACUGAUCAGCUAUUGUCAUCAACCAAUGAAUUAUUGUAUAUUUUGCUACUAAACCUUGUACCAAGAUUUAUAAGUUAAUAUUGUACAAUGAGAAACUGCUUUUGAAUCUGUAGUGCAGCAGUGAAACAUUAAUCAUGUCAAAAUGUGCUUCCUGUAACUAUGAUGUUAACUGUUUUGCUGUUGAAAUUAUACCUUCUUCUAUCAGUGUUUUAUCUCUGAACUUGUGCUUUUGGUAUGAUCUACCAAAUGUGUUUUUCUUUCUCUGUUCAUUUAACAUUUGUUCCCUGUACAUUUGAUUUCAUGUUGAAGUUUAGUUGUAUCAAUUCACCUUUUUGCUUCCUUUCUCAAUUGAAAAGAAGUUUGCCAUCAUAGCUUUGCAAUAUACUUCUGUAAAUACAUGUACCACAUUUUGAUUGUGAUGACUUUAUUGUAAGAAUAUACGACUUAAAAGAAAA